AUGCAUAUCAAUCAUAUAAUAUUUUAUUUUAAUCCCGCUAUCUUUUUUUUCUACCUAACCAUCUAUCUCAUUCUGUUCCUUAGAUCAAUAAGAUACAGAAAUCAAUCUAUCAAUUUACCUACCUACCUACAUAUCUAUCUAUCUAUCUAUCUAUCUAUCUAUCUAUCUAUCUAUCUAUCUAUCUAUCUAAGUCUCUUCAUAUCGGCUUCUUUCCCCAUUCAUUCCCACUUUUUACAUGUUUUUCUCAAGUACGUCGAUAUUUACGUCUAUCUGUCUAUCUUUCUCUCUCACUCACUUUUCUAUCUAUCUAUCUAUCUAUCUAUCUAUCUAUCUAUCUAUCUAUUUAUCUUUUUCAUUCUGCUCCUUUAUAUAUAUAUAUAUAUAUAUUUAUACGUAAAUACAUCGAUUGAUCUAUCUAUCUAUCUAUCUAUCUAUCUAUCUAUCUAUCUAUCUAUCUAUAUAUAUAUAUAUAUAUAUAUAUAUAUAUAUUCCUUAGAUAGAAACAUACAUACAAAAGUACAUAGAUGGAUCUAUCUAUCUAUCUAUCUAUCUAUCUAUCUAUCUAUCUAUCUAUCUAUCUCUUUCUCUCUCUCUCUCUCUCUCUCUCUCUCUCUCUCUCUAUCUAUCUAUCUAUCUACCUAUCUGUCUGUCUGUCUGUUUUUCUAUCUUUUUAUAUAUCUAUAUAUCUAUGUGCUUUGUCUCUUUCUUCUCUCACUGCAGCCAUAUUUGUAUGUUCGCUAUCACAUUACUUCUUUGAAUUUCCUUCAUUCCUGGUUUCCUUUCUCCUCCAUUUUAGAAUUGAAACUCCUGUACUUGAAAUACUUUUGCAGCAAUGACACUCAAGGUUUAUCCACUCGUUUGAAGUGUACUUCAUAUCUACGGCUCUUUUAG